GCCGCCCGCGGCGCCGACGUCGCCGUCUGGCCUCCGAACCCAGCAGGCAGGAUGCCCCACAAGAUCGGGUUUGUGGUGGUCAGCUCGUCGGGGCACGAGGACGGCUUCAGCGCCCGGGAGCUGAUGAUCCACGCGCCCACCGUCAGCGGGUGGCGGUCCCCGAGGUUCUGCCAGUUCCCGCAGGAAGUCGUCCUUCAGAUGGCGGGGCGGUGCCGGGUCCGGAAGCUGCAGCUGCUGGCGCACCAGUACAUGAUCUCCAGCAAGGUGGAGCUCUACGUCAGCGAGAGCCUGCCUGAGUGCCUCGCUCCCUGCCAGGCCGAGCGCUUCCGGAGGCUCGGGGACCACGGGCCGUGCCCAUACCACCUGGAGCGCUGGUCAGCACCUGGUGUGGUCCAGCAGGAGGGUUCUGGCUCCUGCCGCUCUAGCGCCUCUGAACGCCGAGACGGCGUCUCGGUUGCCCUGGUCGCCAUCAACAUCAUCGGGGACCCUGCGGAUCUCGGAGACGAAGGCCACGUCACCUCCAGGGAGAAGCUGAUCGAUCGCUACCUGGGGCACGGCGCAGACGACCCGGCGCUGGAGGGGACGUGCUCUACGAAGUCCGACUACAUCUCCCCGCUGGACGACCUGGCCUUCGACAUGUACCAGGACCCCGAGGUGGCGCGGAUCAUACGCAGGCUGGACGAGCGCAAGCACGCCGCCGUGCGGCAGGAGCGGUACGACCUCGCCAAGACGCUGAAGCAGGCCAUCGCCGACCUGCAGAAGAUGGUUCCGUCGUACCUGGUGCAGCCGCUCCGAGCCAACUCCGCCACGCACCUGGCGCUGGGGCGGGCGGCCCUCCUGGCCCGGCUGCUGGAGAGCCUGGGCACCGAGGGCUCGGGCCUCAGCCUGGACGCCGUGAUGAAGCCGGGUGUCUCUUCCAUCGGCUGCCCCCACCCCGAGUGCCUGGUCAUCAUCCACGUUGGGGGUGCCUUGAGCCACGAGCUGCUCAACAAAUCCCUGGAGCCUGAGAGGUCCCAAGACCUCUGUCACGGGCAGUUGGUCGGAAGUGGGGGGCACCCCGAGUCUGGGGCAGGCACCCCAACCUACAGCCACGGGCCAGGGGCUGUCAGCCCGGGGCUGCAUCUGGAGCUGCAGUGGGAUACCCAGAGUCGCUCUGUUGCCGGAACUCCUGAACCAAGACCCUUCGGGUCCAAGGGCCCUGGACAGCCCCUGCACAGCCCCGACCCUGACCUCCCCCUUCCGUCUCAGGAGGAAGACGGCGGAGCUGUGACCGCCACACACCCAGACUCUCAGGGCCGGAAAGCAGACCCGCCCGGCGUGCCGGGAGUGCCGGACACUCACUUCCUAGACAACCUGUGCAUCUUCUGCGGGGAGCGGAGCGAGGCCUUCACGGAGGAGGGCCUGGACCUGCACUACUGGAAACACUGCCUCAUGCUGACCCGCUGUGACCACUGCCGGCAGGUCGGCCCGGGGCCCUGGGGGGCGGCUGAGCGCGCAGCGUGCUUGCUGGGGGUGAUUUUCCCGUUGGGGGCAGCGACACGCUCAUAAUCUGCGCACGGGUGCACGUUCGGCACAAGGGUCCACCCUGCGGGCAGGCAUCCCGUGCCCCGACACCGGGACGCCACCCCAGGAGCCUGGUGCCGCGUGGGAUCCUGCCGGGGCAGCCCUUCGGCCACUGGGACCUGGGCUGGUCAGCUUGGGCCGUCACGCGACACCACUGAGGCCCCUGUGGAGCGCGGGCCUCGGCCUGGCCGCGGCGUCCUCGCCCCCGCUCCCGCGGGCCUGGCCAUGUCUGAGGGUGUCCAGCACAGACGCCCACCCUG